AUGGAUUGUGGUCUGCUAGGACAGUGGAAUAGCUCAGUCAUCGCUGCAGGAACUUGUGGAGGAACACUCUCUGGAAAUGGAAGUAUCCUAAUUAAUGAUACCUUUGGAGACCUCAAUGAAACCUGUACCUGGACAAUCACGGCUGAAAAACCAUACCAGACGACAAUAGUCUUGAACACUAAGUCUGAAAAUGGAAAUCUGUUAGAGAUUUAUGACGGUGAUUUGGAAGAGGCGAAAAAUGACACAGAAUUACUGUACAAUUAUACCAACACUAUGGGUGAAAAAUGGAUGGUAAGUUUAUCAAAUGUCACUACGAUAGUUUUUAGAAGAACAAUUGCCAAGUCAGGAGAUAUUCAAAUUGACUACGCAGCAAACGAAUGUAAUAAGACGGUAGAUUCAGGGGAGAUAAGUCCACCACUUUAUUUACCAGGUCGCGGAGGGUUUAACUGUAACUAUACAAUAGGUCAAACUGUUGUUAAACCAUACACUGGUAUCCUAGCCUUUCUUACCUUCAAUUUACCUGAUGGAGAGCUCAUGAUUGGUGGCGACAAUUUUACAGGAACCACACUUCCAGGAGACAGAAAUCUUGGUGCCAACCCUCAUGUUACAGCUACUCUGACAAUCAACAAUUCUAGCGCUAUACAGACUUUUAGUGGGGUAGUCACACAAGCUGCAGAACAAUGUACAAAGUCGAUAACUGUGAAUACAACAUCCUUGACCUACACGCUAGACAUUCCGUCUGUCCAUCCACAAGUCACAGAAUGUCGUGUCAUCUUCACAAGCCAGGAUAAAAAACCAUUGAUGGCCAGUCUGUUGUCCGUGAAGUUGAUGGGUGCAGAUCGUUUAGUUCUGAAUGACGGCAGUUCCCAAGGUGAUAAAGAUUUGCUUGGUGGUUCUGACACUCUCAGUGGUAGAAGAGUUCUAUCCAAGGGAAGUAACCUAUGGAUGAGAGUAGUAAUUGAUACUGUACCAGGAGAUCGUGAAGUCAAAUUAGAUGUCGCGGAAAUAGAAUCUGGUGGCAGAUUUUAUAAUGAAGGAAAGGUAACUCUAGGAGUAUCAAAGGGAGAUAAGGAGGUGUCUGCUGCAACACCAACUGAUUAUUAUUAUCAACUAGUUGGCUCUUCUCAGCUGGUUUCUCAAACUCUGGAAUGUGUAGAUCAGUAA